CAGGGCAGCGGAUGUGAGGUGACUCGGUGACUGACAGGAAGCCUGCCUCCUUGCUUGCUGCCCUCAAGUGUCUGUGGACUUGGUGUCAGCUCCAGCAUGUGUGGGGGCUCAGGAUGAGGUGGCCGCAGUGAAGAGCCCCUGAAUCUCAGGAACAGUGGCCAGGAGCCGACAUGAGUGCGGAGACGGAGCUGCUGUGGCCCGGGGUGGCCCUUGUGCUGCUGCUGGGGGCAGUGGCCAGCCUGUGUGUACGCUGCUCCCGCCCAGGUGCGAGGCGGUCCGAGAAAAUUUACGAGCAGAGGAACCUGCAAGAGAACCAGCAGAACUUCGCAGUGGCCCGGACCUAUUCCUUGGCCAGGCCAGGGCUCCUGAUGGACAUGGCCUCUGACACGGCACCAGCAAGGAAGGAGAAGCAGCUGCGGUUCUCCCCCAGCCUCGAGGAUUCUGCAUCCCCAAGGUACCAGAACUUCAGCAAAGGAAGCAGACACGGAUCAGACACAGUCUACAUAGACCCCAUCACCAUGGACUGUUACAGCUGGGGGCAAUCCCAGAAGCCCUGGGAAGAUGAUGAUGAUGCUAAUUCCUACGAGAACGUGCUCAUCUGCAAGCAGAAACAGCCAGACGCAGGCGAGGCCGCCAGCCAGGGCUGGGCAGAGACUGGUGACGAGGAGUCUGAGGAUUAUCAGAACUCCACUUCCAUCCAGCAGUGGCGGGAGUCCAAGAGAACCAUGGAACAAGUCCGGAGAGAAGCACCUCCCUCCCCUGCAGGAGGCCCAGAUGAGGAUGACGGAGAGCCCGACUACGUGAACGGGGACGUGGCGGCCAGGGAAGCCUAGGGCCGGCCUGGGAGAAGCCAGCCGUUUCCGUCUUCACCAAAGGAGCCAAGGAAGCCAAAGCUCACAGGAGUAUUUACCGUCUCCCAACAAUCACUUCUCCAGAGCUGCUGGACUUCCAGACCCCACCACGGUUCCUCGUGGGAGGCGCACCCUGUCCCAAGGACCACCCCUCGGGCCAUGUGGGACCAGCCUGGGUAAAAACAGUUACUUAUGGAACCAGCUUCCCCGGGGGCUGGGCAGGAGCCUGGUGCCAAGGGCAGUGCGGCUUCCCCUGCAAUCGCAUGCCCGGCACUUAGGGCAAACUGCUCCUCCACCAGCUGAAUCGUACAGUACUGGUAUCCAUGUCCUUUCUCUGGAUUUGGAUCCCGUUGCUUAUCAAUGUUGGCUGUUGGGAUUUGUGAUCCAUAAGCUUGUACAAUUAUUUUAUAUAGGUGGAGCCAUAUUUAAUAUUCUACACUCCAGGGUAGAUUUUGUCUACCUAGUCUUCUAUAAGCAUUACAUGUACUAAUGUCAGCAGAUUCUUGGGGAGCCCUGAUGCUCCCUUCCUUGGGCCUCAGUUCAGAGGAAGAGAUAAGGCCACAGUCACCCACAUGCUCCUUCAGUGGCACGUCCUGGGGACAGAAUGUGUCACUUCUGCCCAAGGGGCAGGCGGGGUGGAGCAGUGGCCCUCCUCAGUUGCCCUGAACACCUCCCGGCUGCAGGGCUGGCCCAGCUGCUGACCGGGCAGCGGGCUGUCUCAUGGGAAGGGGAGUGGACAAAUGGGACCUUGAGUCAGAAAAUCCAGCCAGGGAAAAAUGCCUCCUCCAAUCCAAAUUUUUCAUCUCAAUAAACCUUUUUAGUUUAAGAGUAGUAGUUCUCCAGUGUCUACUUUCCCCGCUCCGUCAAAAACCAAGGGAACUGCCUGCAGGUGUGGCUCAUGGUUGAAUGUCGACCCUGCACCAAUAGGUCACUGGUUCGAUUCCCAGUCAGGGCACAUGCCUGGGUUG